AUGUACUGUAGAUGUCCCUCAACCUACACCCUGGACCUCCAAGACCCUCCAAGGUCCCUCAACCUACACCCUGGACCUCCAAGACCCUCCAAGGUCCCUCAACCUACACCCUGGACCUCCAAGACCCUCCAAGGUCCCUCAACCUACACCCUGGACCUCCAAGACCUUCCAAGGUCCCUCAACCUACACCCUGGACCUCCAAGACCCUCCAAGGUCCCUCAACCUACACCCUGGACCUCCAAGGUCCCCUCAACCUACACCCUGGACCUUCAAGGCCCCUCAACCUACACCCUGGACCUCCAAGGUCCCAUCAACUUAGACCCUCCAAGGUCCCUCAACCUACACCCUGGACCUCCAAGGUCCCCUCAACUUAGACCCUCCAAGGUCCCUCAACCUACACCCUGGACCUCCAAGACCCUCCAAGGUCCCUCAACCUACACCCUCCAAGGCCCCACAAACUACACCCUGGACCUCCAAGGUCCCUCAACCUACACCCUGGACCUCCGAGGCCCUCCAACCUACACCCUGGACAUCCAAGGUCCCUCAACCUACACCCUGGACCUCCAAGGUCCCUCAACAUACACCCUGGACCUCCAAGGUCCCUCAACCUACACCCUGGACAUCCAAGGUCCCUCAACCUACACCCUGGACCUUCAAGGCCCCUCAACCUACACCCUGGACCUCCAAGGCCCCUCAACCUACACCCUGGACCUUCAAGGCCCCUCAACCUACACCCUGGACCUUCAAGGCCCCUCAACCUACACCCUGGACCUUCAAGGCCCCUCAAUCUACACCCUGGACCUCUAA